AUGGAGGGCCCGGCGGAGCUCGGCCCCGAGGCGGUGCUGCGCUUCCUUGCGGAGCGCGGGGGCCGGGCCCGGCAAGCCGAGCUGGUGCAGCACUUCAGGGGCGCCCUGGGCGGCGACCCCGAGCGGCGCGCCCGCUUCAAGGAGCUGGUCAAUGCCGUGGCCACCGUGCGCACCGACCCCGCCGACGGCGCCAAGUAUGUGCACCUCAAGAAGAGGUUCUGCGAAGGCUCCGGGUCGCCCAGGGCCGCGCCCCCCCAGGACCUGCCGCGCAUCGCGGUGACCGCAGAGCCCGAGCCCCGCGGGGGCGCUCCGGAGGGGCCCGACGGCCCGGCCCCGCGCUGGGAGAGCGGCCUGUGCCCGGAGGCGGCGUCCCCGGUGACGCCCCCGAGUCCGGGCUGCGGCCCCGGCGAUGAGGAGUCGUCCGCCGCGGCGCUUGGGCCGCCCCUGAACGGCGGGGCCCGGAGGAAGAACUCGCGGCGCGAUGCGCAGCCUCUGGCCGGAGCGCCGGCUCCUACGCCCAGCGAGGACUUGGACGCCCAGCCCCACGGCUGCGAGGAGGCGGACACGGGGAGCUCUCCCGGGGGCACCGCCACCCCGAGAUCCGCUCGCCAGAACCUCCGGGACCUGGUGAUGGGCAGCUCCCCGCAGCUGAAGAGGAGCGUCUGCACUGGGGGCAGCAGCCCGGGAGGCUUCUCUGGGGGCGGACGCGGCAAAGGCGGGGGCGACUCGGACAGCGCUUCGGUGGCUUCGUCGUCAGCCGAGGAGGAGAGCAGCAGCGGGGGCUCGGUGACGCUGGACCCUUUGGAGCACGCCUGGAUGCUCUCGGCCUCGGACGGCAAGUGGGACAGCCUGGAGGCGUUGCUCAGCUGCGAGCCUGGCCUGCUGGCCAAGCGGGACUUCAUCACCGGCUUCACCUGCCUGCACUGGGCCGCCAAGCACGGCCGGCAGGAGCUCCUGGCCAUGCUGGUCAACUUCGCCAACAAGCACCAGCUGCCGGUGAACAUCAACGCCAAGACGAGUGGCGGCUACACCGCCCUGCACCUGGCAGCCAUGCACGGGCACGUGGAGGUGGUGAAGUUGCUGGUGGGGGCCUACGACGCAGACGUGGACGUCCGCGACUACAGUGGGAAAAAGGCCUCGCAGUACCUGAGCCAGAGCAUCGCCGAGGAGAUCAAGAACCUGGUGGGAGCGCUGGACGAGGACGACGGCGAGAGCGCCGGCGGCGGCGGGGGUGGGCGCUGGAGGCUUUCCAAGGUUCUCCCCUCGCACCUCAUCACCUACAAACUCUCGCACGUCCUGGAGGAUGGAGGGGAUCACCACCACCACCACCACCACCACCACCUGGGUGAGGGAUGGGCAGGAGGCAAAGCAAAGGAUCCGGGUCGCAAACCUUCGGGCAGCGCUAGUGGGCGAAUAAAACCCAGACUCAACAAAAUCCACUUUCGAACCCAGAUCAUCCACACCACACCCUCUUUCAGAGACCCCGAACAGCCACCGGAGGAGGGGGAGCAGGAGGAAGAGGACCGGUCUAUUAAAGGCCACUUAUCCUCAUUCAAAUUGAGACCGAAGUCCAAUGUAUUUGGGUAAAAAUUUUUUUUAGAAAAUUUUAAGAUUUGUCCGAAAUACAAUACUAGGUGUAGGCAAGUGAAUGAGACCAGAAAAGACUUGGGCUAAAUUAUGCAUCCUUAUUUGGGGGGUUGAAAUGGGGUGGGGGUUGAGGGAGUUCCCCCUAGUAUUCUAGGUGAGAUGGCUUUCCAGGUGAGUCCUCAAACCUUGACCUCGGCCUCUUUUCCUCAUGCCGUCCCAUUGCUCUGCUUGUGAGGACUAGAAAUGUAUCUAAAUGGGGGCACAGCAUUGAUGACUGAGGGUUCCUUUGAUUUAACCAUUGGAUGUCAUGCCAAGUGAGGAAUAUUGCACGUUUAUGAAUCUGUUUUUAAAAGUUGUUACUCUUCCAAAAACAACAAGACAUGCAAAUUGUAAUGAAACUGGUAGUAUUUGUUCAGUGUGACCAAAACUACUUACUGCCUGUAUUUUUUACUAAUUACAUUUGCUUUAUAAGGUACUAAGGAAUAUCCGGUAAGUUAAAAUGCAAAAAUACUAAUUAGAGAAUAAUGUGAAUAAAAAUGGGAAUCCUGUUGGUAUAUCCUAUUGUAAGUAGUGUUCAACUCUUUUGUUAAAAAGCAAUUUUAGUUUUAAGCACUGAACUUAAGAAAUAGGCAGCAUUCACUUUUGAGUUCAUCGUUAGUGUGCUUUCCUCUUAGCCAUCUCAUACCACUGCACUCAGUAUUCAAGUACAGUAUUAAAAGGAAACACCUUUAACAACCUACGGUACUUUUAAGUAAAAUAUUGCCUGUGGUUCUGAUUCUCACUUGUUUUGCUUUUCUAAAAGUAAAUUUGCUGAAGUUUUUAAUUCGGGGUUUAUAUAACUGUUGGUUCUGUUUGACAUGACCCUAUUUGAUCGUGCUCAGAGUUGAAUUGCCUACAAAAACAGUUUCUGGUUUAGAUGAUUAGCAAAAAUGAUCAUAAAUGUAAGUGAGCCUAUGCUUCUGUGAAGUAAUUUUUAAAUCAGCCUGAUGACUCACGUAUGGUACACUUUGUUUUACUAAUAAAACUCGCUCAUAGCCCUGGCCGGUUUGGCUCAGCGGU